AUGGGUCAGACCCUGUCCGAACCGGUGAUCGACAAGACUUCCGAGAAUGGUGGCGACGAUCGCUUGAUCUACGGUGUGUCUUCGAUGCAAGGAUGGAGAAUCAGUAUGGAGGAUGCGCAUGCUGCUGUGCUCGACCUGCAGUCAGUGGCCGAGGACAAAAAGAACACGAAACCCAAGGACGCUGAAUCGAGGCUUUCAUUCUUUGGAGUGUAUGAUGGACACGGAGGAGAUAAGGUGGCACUAUUCGCCGGCGAGAAUAUCCAUCCCAUUAUCGCAAAGCAGGAUGCCUUCAAGAAGGGUGAUUUGGAGCAGGCCUUGAAGGAUGGAUUUUUGGCAACCGACCGGGCAAUCCUCAGCGACCCACGGUACGAGGAAGAGGUUUCUGGAUGCACAGCUUCCGUUGCUAUCGUCUCGGCAACUCAGAUAUUUGUCGGAAACGCUGGUGAUUCUAGAAGUGUUUUAGGUGUCAAGGGCAGAGCAAAGCCAUUGUCGUUCGAUCACAAGCCGCAAAAUGAAGGCGAAAAGGCAAGAAUUACAGCUGCCGGUGGAUUCGUUGACUUUGGACGAGUCAACGGUAAUCUUGCUCUGUCCAGAGCCAUUGGUGACUUUGAGUUCAAGAAGAGCGCCGAGCUUGCUCCCGAGCAACAGAUUGUCACAGCUUACCCCGACGUCACCGUUCACAAUAUUUCUCCUGAUGAUGAGUUCUUGGUCGUUGCUUGUGAUGGUAUCUGGGAUUGUCAGUCCUCCCAAGCAGUUGUCGAGUUUGUUCGGCGCGGAAUCGCUGCCAAGCAAGACCUCUCGAAGAUCUGCGAGAACAUGAUGGACAACUGUCUUGCUUCCAGCUCCGAGACCGGAGGUGUUGGCUGCGAUAACAUGACCAUUAUCAUCAUCGGACUUCUGGGCGGCAAGACCAAGGAGGAGUGGUACGAUGAGAUUGCGAAGAGAGUAGCCAAUGGAGACGGUCCUUGUGCACCUCCCGAAACUGGGCUAAUCAUUGGACUAGCGGAGUUCCGGGGCCCGGGCGUUCACCACAACUUUGAUGAUAGCGACAGCGGGUAUGAUGUUGACAUGGACAAAAAGUCAAAGUCUAUCGGAGACUCGGACGAUACCGAGAUGUUCGACCGCAGCGAGGAGGACCAGGAUCUGGCCAGCCAAGUCACUAGGGGACAGCCGGUUGAGACCACGGCCACUCCAGAGAAGAUCAGCGAUUCCGAGCCAAACUACAAGGGUAUUGCCGAUAAUUCAGACGAGAAGACUACCAAGCCAUCGAAGUAG